AUGGCAGCGCCGAGCCUGCCGCCAGCUGUGCUCCCACUCAUGCCGCCUGUUCUGGCGCCAGCACAGAUACCCCCAGCGCAGCCAAUGGUGGCUGCGGCCAAGUAUUUCACUUUUAUUUUCUUCGGGCUGUCGUGCUUUGUCAUCCUCCUCUUCGGCGGCUUUGUGGUGUGCCACUGCUAUCGGCGGCUGCGGCUGCGCGGGACUGAUGUGCCGGUGGUUCAGAUGUCUGAAAUCCCAGGCGGCCAGGCAGGGGAGGUGCUCAUCACCGUACCCAUUAAGGAGGGGCGCCUAGUGUCACACCCCGAUGGGGGAAUGGAGGUGGCGUUUAUCCCAGACACCCCGCGCCGGCCGGCGCCAAAACCGGCACCGUCAACGCCGUCGACUGGGGACCGGCCGCCGCCGUCAUCGGCUGGAGACUCACCCUCUGACUCACCCGGGGCGAGUCAGCCGCUGCCGACAUCCUCCAGCGCGCACGUCGCCCAGGGGCCGGCCGCGCCGUCAGGGGUCGCUGACUCGCGUGCAGGAGCCGCCGUGGCUCCAGACGCAGGGGUAGCUGCGGAGGGGCCGAGCAACAAUGUCAGAUUAGAUGAAUACUGGCGGCGGCGACAUGCGCAAGUGAACCUGGACCGACAAGCGAGGAAGCUUGACGAGAUCAAAGCGCAACCGCAUGCGCCAGGGCCGCAGGGCAAGGCUGCCAAGCAGAAAAAGGUGGAGAAGCUGGAUCGCAGCAUCAAGAUGAUGCUCACUAAGGAGCUAGGGCCAAUGAAAUUCAAGCAGAGCCUGCUGAUGGGAGCAACUCUGCUGCUGCUCUUCAGAUAUGCCUCCGGCUGGUACUCUGGGCAUGUGGUGGCCAAGCUGCCAUUCGAGCCCUUCUCUCUGUUGGCCAAACUGGCGCACAGAGGCAUCCCCACACCGAGCGCCAACGACUGCAGCUUCGCAUUCGUGUAUGCGCUGUGCCAGGCGGGAGUGCGGCCUAACUUGACUAAGCUCCUGGACCUCGGCCUAACCAGGCGCAUGAUCGAAAUGAGCUCCAUGCAGGCUCAGGACUGGGCCAAGCCAGCAGACAUGAAGUGA